ACUCGGAAGAGACAGAAACCUGUCAGUGAGACGGAGAGUGGAGAAUGUUACAGGUCACCUUUCCGGAAACCCUUGGCUCAGUUGACCAAUAGACCUCACUGCCUGGAUAGCAGUCAACAUGAGGCUUUUAUCCGCAGCAUUUUGUCCAAACCCUUCAAAGUCCCAAUUCCAAAUUAUAAAGGGCCACUGGGCUUACGUGCGCUGGGUAUCAAACGGGCAGGGCUGAGGAGUCCUCUCCAUGACCCUUUUGAGGAAGGAGCUCUGGUUCUGUACGAACCCCCACUGCUGAGUGCCCACGACCAGCUGAAAAUAGACAAGGACAAAGCACCUGUCCAUGUCGUGGUGGAUCCUGUUCUCAGCCGUGUUUUACGGCCCCAUCAGAGAGAAGGAGUGAAAUUCCUCUGGGACUGUGUGACGAGCCGGCGGAUCCCUGGGAGUCAUGGCUGUAUCAUGGCAGAUGAAAUGGGGCUGGGCAAAACACUGCAGUGCAUCACACUCAUGUGGACGCUUCUCAGGCAAAGUCCAGACUGCAAGCCUGAAAUCGAGAAAGCCAUGGUGGUGUCUCCCUCCAGCCUGGUGAGAAACUGGUACAAUGAAGUAGAGAAAUGGCUCGGGGGAAGGAUCCAGCCGCUGGCCAUUGAUGGAGGCUCCAAAGAAGAGAUUGACCAUAAACUAGUUGGCUUUAUGAACCAGCGUGGCCUGCGAGUGCCUUCACCCAUCCUGAUCAUCUCCUAUGAGACCUUCCGACUCCACGCUGAGGCAUUACAGAAGGGCAGUGUUGGGCUGGUCAUAUGUGAUGAGGGCCACAGACUGAAGAACUCUGAAAACCAAACAUACCAGGCUCUCAACAGCUUAAAAACACCUCGACGAGUCCUUAUCUCAGGCACCCCCAUUCAGAACGACCUGCUUGAAUAUUUCAGCCUGGUGCACUUCGUCAAUUCAGGCAUCCUAGGGACAGCACAGGAAUUUAAAAGACAUUUUGAAAUUCCCAUCUUGAAAGGCAGAGAUGCGGAUGCAAGUGAAGCUGAGCGACACAAAGGAGAAGAGCGGCUUAAAGAGCUGAUCAGCAUUGUGAACAGGUGUUUAAUCCGAAGAACUUCAGACAUCCUGUCCAAAUACCUGCCAGUGAAGAUAGAGCAGGUGGUCUGCUGCAGACUGACACCUCUGCAGGCUGAGCUGUACAAGAAUUUCCUGAAGCAAGCCAAGCCAGUGGAGGAGCUGAAGGAGGGCAAAAUCAGUGUAUCCUCUCUCUCUUCCAUCACUUCUUUGAAGAAGCUCUGCAAUCACCCUGCUCUUAUCCAUGAUAAGUGUGUGGAGGAGGAAGAAGGUUUUAUGGGAGCCCUGGACUUGUUCCCUGCUGGCUACAGCACCAAAUCUGUGGAGCCCCAGCUUUCAGGAAAGAUGCUGGUUUUGGACUACAUCCUUGCUGUUACGAAAAGCACCAGUAACGACAAGGUGGUUUUAGUGUCUAACUACACUCAGACACUGGACCUAUUUGAAAAGCUCUGCAGGAACAGAAGAUAUUUAUAUGUCCGGCUGGAUGGCACUAUGUCCAUUAAAAAGAGAGCGAAGAUUGUGGAACGAUUCAACAGUCCCUCGAGCCCUGAGUUUAUCUUCAUGUUGAGCAGCAAAGCAGGUGGCUGCGGUUUGAAUUUGAUCGGAGCUAACAGACUGGUCAUGUUUGACCCAGACUGGAAUCCAGCUAACGAUGAGCAGGCCAUGGCUCGUGUGUGGCGGGAUGGCCAGAAGAAGACAUGCUACAUCUAUCGACUGCUUUCGACGGGGACCAUAGAGGAGAAGAUAUUCCAGCGCCAGACCCACAAGAAGGCCCUCAGCAGCUGCGUAGUGGAUGAAGAGCAGGAUGUAGAAAGGCACUUCUCACUUGGGGAGUUGAAGGAGCUUUUCACAUUGAAUGAGACCACCACCAGUGACACCCACGACAAGAUCAAGUGUCGUCGCUGUGUGAACGGCCACCAGGUACGGCCCCCUCCGGAAGGGUCUGACUGUACCUCUGACCUCUCUCAGUGGAACCACUGUGCUGAUAAGCGAGGGCUGCAGGACUCUGUGCUGAAGGCUGCAUGGGAUGCCACCGUCACCUUCACCUUUCAUCAUCACUCCCACGAGGAGCAACGAGAGAUUCCCUAACAGCUUCCUGUCCCCUGUGGGGGCAAGUGCAGGCUGCUGUGGCAGUCCGCCCCACUUUAAUCCCUUUCAGGGAAAGGGGCAGUGGGUAGCAGAACAUGCUGGGUGGCUGUGUGGCUGUGAAAUGGCAGAACAGCGUGGUUUCUGAGAGGCUGGAAGGCCCUUAGCAUCUGUCAGUCUGCUGCAACAGCAAGGUGUCCAUGUCUUUGUCUCUGCUGUUUUAUUGUGUGCCUGAAGAACAGCCCUUUGGGAACUGGGAAUAACUGGACCUUGUGCGCUUGAUCAGAUUCAG